AUGAAGCGACAACGACACAUUCUCGUAGCGACCGUUCUCCUUUUGGCACUCGUGUACUUCUUCACGCAACACGGAUUUUCACCACUGAAUGCAGGGCCGGGUAAAUUACGCACCGAAAUCUCGUCAGAUGUUCAGCAAGCACAAGACUUACCCAAACCAGACUCAAGUCACGAGGGCGACAGAUCUAGACUCGAACCAUUGUCGCACGAUGCACCAGGAUCGGGAAACCUCCCGCCGACAUCAGACAUACCACCCUCAAGAAACGCACCGAGCGUACCGGCCUCGGGUGACAUACCGUCGCCAACGACUGAGAGCCCCGGCACUCCACCACCACUAAUUGACAUUGACUUUCAAAAGGAUCUUAACAUUGACUUACCUGUCGACAUAUUCAACAGCCUUGGUGGUUACAAACCCCAUAAUUACAUUCCCGAUGGCGACGGAACCUACGCCUAUGCCACAUUCAUGGCAUCUCGGAAUCCAUCCAUCAAAGACCCCUACUAUCUAGCCAUUCACUCCUUAAUUUACCGCAUCCUCUGGUCACCCCGCUCCAAGACAUCAAAGCACCCAUUCAUCGUCUUCGUCGGCGAUUUCGUCUCUCCCUCCCAACGCCGCCUUCUCGCCGGCGCCGGCGCCAUCGUCCGCGAGCUCGCCCCGCUACCAUGGAACCCCGCAGACCCAGACGUGCUCGAGCGCUGGAAAGACCUAUUCGCGAAGCUGCACAUGUGGAACGCGACCGACUUCUCGCGCGUGCUGUUCCUCGACGCCGACGCCUUCCCCAUCGCGCCCAUCGACGCAAUGUUCGACAAGACGAAGCCGGGGUCCUGCAUCGAAUCCAAACUGCAGCUCGACGACUUCCUCAUGCCCGCCCGCGAGCCCGUCUGCGAGCCCUACAUCUUCGCUGGUGUGCCUGCGGAUCCGCAUUCCGUCUUCGAUGCUAAUGUCAAUGUCGGGAGCAUGGUCUUCACCCCCAACUCCAAACUGCACCAGCGCCUCUUGCAGAAUUACUUGAAGUUCGACAAGUACAAUGUCAAGAUGGCGGAGCAGGCUUUUCUGAACUGGCAGUUUGGUAUCAACUCCGCCUAUCCGCCGGGCUUGUUGGAUAGAGAGUAUGGCGCGUUUUUCCCCAACGAGGAAGAGCAUAAGCGGUUGAGAGUGGUGCAUGAGAAGAUAUGGGCCGCGGAGAGAGGGUGGAUGAAGGACGAGUGGGAGGGAACGUGGCGCGAGAUGUUGGAUUUCUAUCGAAGUGAGGAGUUUAAGACGUUGAGGAAAACUGACGGCGAGGUCGGUAGUUGA